CUGAGCCGGACCAUAGACAUGUCGGAGCGGCGAACGCGGUCCGGAGGGGCUGCCCAGCGGUCUGGACCCAGGACUCCAUUUACUAAGUCUUCGAAGAGGUCCCAGCGGAAAUCUGGUUCAGAUCUCCCAAACAUCUUUCCUGAAAUCUGGCCGAAGACGCCUCAUGCGGCUCCAGUCAGAAAGGCCAUCGUCUUGAAGAAGAUCGUGGCUCAUACAGUAGAGGUCCCAGCUGUCCACACACUUCGAAGGAGUCCUAGGAUAUCUUUUAUCUUGGAAAAAGAAAACAGCCCUCCUCUCAAGGUGCCCACAAAGGAGGAUCUCUUCAAGACCUGUAGUGUCCCUGGCACCCCCACCAGCACCCCAGUGCUGUACACUCACAACGUUGAGUCCAACUCUGGGGAAGGAGAGCUGGACACCAGAGACUUGGAAAUGUCUCAGAAAGUCAGACGAUCAUAUAGUCGGCUUGAGAGGCUCAAUUCUGCCUCAACCUCCACCCCUGGCCGCCGAUCCUUCUUUGGCUUUGAGGGAACUGAAGACUUGCCCCAAGUCUCACCUGUCAUGUGUUCAAAGUUUAUUGAGAUCCCAAAAGUAUCUUCGAAGCCCUUGGUUCCAGAUACGACGCUUCCUGGAAUCUCUCCUCCAGUUGUGAAAGAGAAACGAAGGAAAAAGGUGCCAGAGAUCCUGGCUCCCACAGGCAAACUGAGUGUCCACUCCAAGCAGACCUUGAAAACAGCAAUGCAGCCUGCUGAGCCGCAGAUAGAAGAACCUGAGGAUUCCAGGGAGCCCAGCAUGGAGCAAAAUUUGAACCUGCAGUCGGAACCCACUGUCACAUUCCUGUUUACACUCCUGAACACUCCUGAGCCCAAAGAUGCUGAAUCGGACACGGAGACACUGGAGCACCGGUUCCUGGGUCAGGAAGACUGGGGCCCUAAGCGUACUUCAGCGGAGAUACAGAAUUUGCAGAGGGACUGUAAGAGGCUUCAGGAGGCACUUAACACUAACCAAAGGAACAACCUGGACCUUGAAGAGAGGCUACAAAACCUGCCUACCUCAUUGUACGAGAACAUUGAGGAAACUUUGGUCACUCAGAUGUCAACUGAAGUCUCCCAAGAGGAAGCAGGGGUCACCCAGGAGAAGGCAGGGGUCACCCAGGAGAAAGCACAGGACACCCAGGAGAAAGCACAGGACACCCAGGAGAAAGCACAGGACGCCCUGGAGGAAGCACAGGACGCCCUGGAGGAAGCAGAGGACACCCAGAAGGAAGCCAUGGCUCUCAGGCAGAUGAAGAGGGCUUCUACCCAGCGCUACUUCCUUGAGCCUCUCAUACUGUUGCCAGCAGCCACCCUAUCCCCAGAAAAUAGUGUCUCACAGGGACAGCAAUCAGCCCUGGCCAGGCCUGAGGCCAGAGAAUUGACACCUCUUCAGGAGGCUGCUCCACUACUCAGCCCCUCUUCAAGCUCCAGCAAUAAAGAUCCCCACUGA